ACAAAUUAGAAAAAUGCUUGAUCUGUUUCCUCAGUGAUCACAUUUUCACUGUAGACACAGGAAGUCUUGCACAGUGCAAAGACAGUUGACAGAAGCAAAAUUGUUAAUCAGUUGCUGCAGAAAUUAAAGGAUGUUAAAAGCAGGAGAAAGAUGCCAUCUGAAAUAAAAAAUGUUCACCAAAAGAUGCUCAUUAGAACAACAAAUAGUUGUACAAUAGAAUGGAUCAAAUAGACAAAAAAUUGUGUGAACCAUGAAAGCAAAAUGCAGUGAUUUUAUUAUGAAGAUUUGGGGUGCCGGGAUCCUUCUCACUAUUAUGAUCACCAUGGCAGUAUCUGAUAAAUCCAGUAAAUAUGCAAUGCUUGGAACAACCAUUAAAUUGGACUGUCCUGCAGAAAGAUAUAAUUUGACAGUAUGGCUGGUGAACUUUGAAAAUGGAACGUAUUGCCAUUUAUCAUUUAAGAGAGAGAACAAUUCCAUAGCCAGAAACUGCAGUAUGAACAUGGAUUGGGUAUCUAGACCGGAAGAAAAUUCUGCUGUUCAGAUAAAAUCAUUUCAAAUGUUCAAUGAAGGAAUAUAUAGAUGUUUCAUUGCUACUGCUAAAGGAAUGUUAAACAAUGAAUAUGAACUAUCUCUAUCAGUGUCUCCACAAGUGUCCUUGACUCAGACCAAUGGCACCGUUGUGUGCAAGGCAGCUGCAGGAAAACCAGCUGCAGGGAUAUCCUGGAAUCCACCAGGAGACUCUCAAAAUAUGACAGAAAUAUUGGCAAAUGGCACAAAGACCGUCAUCAGUACAUAUUAUAUGAAAAAUGUUAACGAAGAUAAGCUUACGUGCCUGAUCUCCCAUCCUACUGGGGGAAAGUCACUUAACUUAACUGUACUAGAUAGCAAUGAAGAAAAGGAAAGUUCUACCAUGAUAAUUCUCUAUAGCUGUCUUACUGGUCUUUUGGGAAUACUUGGAUUUUCACUUUCCAUCUAUCUCUGGAGGUUCUGUGGAAGCAGCAAAAGAAAAAUCACUGCAACUACAAAUAUAGACACAAUUUCAGGACAAAACAUCCAGGAAGAUGAAUUGGAACCAUAUGCUACCUUUGUGCAAGUGGAAAAUGUAAUCUAUGAUAAAGCAUGUAAUUUCUCAUCAGGUUAACACUUAUCUUUCAUCUUCGACAUUAGACAUCAUCAGAUCUGAACUGAGAGGAGAAGUGUGUAAGGGAAAAUGCAUUAAUUACAGUGAACGGCAACUUGUUUUUUUCUUUCAUUUAAUCAUGUCCAGUUCUUGGAGAUUGCCUGGACAAGUCCCUGCAGUUUUCUUGGCAAAAUUUUUCAGAAAUGGUUUACCAUUGCCUUCUCAGAGAACAUGUCUGUUCUCAUGUUCUCAAGAUUACCAAGCUGGCUUUAUGCUGAAGGCAGGAGUAGAACUCAGUUUCUUGGUUUCUAGCUUGAUGCCUUAACCACUACAUCAGACUGGCUCAAAAUGAAUGGCAACGGCUGUAACUUUAAACCAAUCUUGAACAUGAGGACAUUUGCAUCAAUAAAUAUCUAUUUCUCUUUAAGCACCACGGAUUCCUCUGAGAACCUUAUUGGCCUCUUCUGUACCAGGAACUUACUUGUUCUCACAAAGACUAAAACAUUUGUUUAGAAAGCUGAUAUGAAAGUCAUAAAAAGCAGAUAUUCUUCUACCAUCAUUCUGCCUAAGAGUGAGCUUAAUUUGAAGAAUUCUGGGGAUCAAGUUAACACAAGAUGUUUAUUCAAGAAGAAUUUAUAUUGAAACCUGUCUUAUUUCCUCUGUAUGGAUAUGUCUAGCUCUUUAUAUUCACACACUUUGCAAUCGAACAUCUACAAUUUCUAAGCAUUAAAUUUAGUUUGUUGUCUUUCAGAAGGCAUGAAAAAAAAAACCUUACUGAGAUUUUGUAGACCUUUGGACAGAUUGUUUGAUUUUUUACAGUGGACGAGAUUGCUAUUUGAAGUGAUUCAAUAAGCACACAGUGUAUUUUAAAUCAGAAUUCCCCAACCUUUUUGGCUUUGCGGACCGGCCUGUGGUGGGGAAGAGGAGAUGGCUCUGUGGGAGUGGUGGGCAAGUGCACGUGUGCACACAGUCCCAUUCGCACAAGUGACAGGCAAG